UACUGUUACAAUUUCUUUUUUUGAAGUUAACUUUUGCAAACUUGUCAAAAGUAAUCUUUGCAUAUUUAUAGUAAGAGAGAAUACAGCCAGAUUUGUCAAUCUCCUCUCAUAAUUAAUCAAAGAAUACCUUUAAUUAAUUUUCAUUUCUUAAAGUUCCUUUCACAUGAAGCAACAGACAUAUAAAUAGUUAGGAAAAGUCUUAAACAUAAGGUUGUUUGGCAAAGAUUCAUAAAAACUCCAUUUCAUAAUAAAUUCCAGAAAUUCUCAAUAUAAAUAAAAACUCCAAAUGCUCACCUAGAGUGACAGAAUUAAAGUAACUCAAGUUCAAUUUCUUUGACUUCACAAUCAUUGUGCUAUCAUUGCUUAUUUUAAAUUUUCUGGUUAAAUGCAGGCAUAUGUAACAUCAUAGGGGUUGGAGACAGAAAUUAGCAAAAACUCAAUUCCAAACAGGCGCUAAUUCUAGACAUAAACACAUGUAGAUGAAUCUGCUUGGGUCAGGGGCCGACUGUCUAAGUGAGAGUUCUCCAAACUAACUCCCACAUAGAUUACAAUGUUUUUUAAAGGAUAAGUAACACAAAAUCUUAACUUGAAGCCUAUAUAUUAUUAAAACUCAUCAGUAACCACAGUAAUUUAGAACCUCGAUCUACAAAAGAUUUUUCAGAGAGGAGUAUUUUAUCACUGACAUUUUUUAGAAUUGCAGGAGCAUGGUGAUAAUGAAGAUGAGACUGAUUUUCUGUCCGCUUUUUUACUUUCUCUGCAGACAAUACCUUUGACUGCCUGCAGCGGGAAGGGUGGGACCUCUCCUGCCACCCCAUCCUUGGCACACCACUCCAGUAAUUUAAAAAUUUUUUUAAAACACUGUAUAGGCCAGACAAAACAUAUCUCUGCCCUCUGGUCUAAACUUCAAAUCCCUCUUCCCACCCCCAGAGCCUCCCACAUGGUGGGGCCGUCUCUGGGCGGAGCAGGUGCUCCAUUCCCCCAAGUGAACAAGUGCAAAGACAGGGCCGGGUUCCCAGGCUAGGACUGGGGCCGAGGUUUCCUCCAUUCAACUAACUUUUUGAGACUGGCUUUCUUAGGGACAGUUUGAAUGAAGUGGGUUGGGAGGGGGGAAUCUAGCUUCUUCUAUCCUCCAAACUAUUAUACCAGUAAUAAUAAUGACAACGGUCAUCUCAACACAUUCCCCAAGGGUCGGCCUGAGGGUGUGGUGGGACUGCGGGCACCAGCAGCCCUCCCCAUCUCACUCCACGUUACAGCAUGCCCGUGGAGGAAUACAUUCUCCCUCACAGGACUCGGAUAGGCAUCUGGUGGCGGAAGGCAAUCUCUGUCCUGAGGCCUGGCUUCCUUGUUGGUUGGUCUUGCCUCACGCCCCCUCGGCCCCCCCUUGGAGUCUCCAGGGGCUCACCUGUGCCGGGCACGGUGAACUCAGGCCUGCCUCUCUCUUCUGCGGCCUGAGUGAGAGCGCGGAAGCUUGGGAGCUGCAGGGUGGUGCAGGUGCAGGCACAGGGCGGUGUCUUUGUUCUUUCGCUCAUCCCUCCCCUCCCCAUUCCUCCCCGGAAACCAGCGACUUUGCCACCACCAGUAUUGAGGAUGCUGAGCUUUGGGGCCAGGCCCAGGGAGGGGUGGGAGUAAGGGGGGCUGUGGCAGCUGUCAGGCCAUAAGCCAGGCUGACCCCUGGGUUCAGGGCAGGGUACUUGUAGACUCGGCUCCUACAUCAGCAGUCAUGAGCGUAGGUCCCAACGGCACAGCCACAAGUCCGGAGAGUCUGGAUCUGCUAGUGCGUGGAUUCCCCUCCGUGACCCAGGCCUGGGGAUUGUGGGCCCUCUUAGGGGCUGUGACGCUGCUGCUUCUCCUCUCACUGGCUGCAAACUUGUCCCGAUGCACUAAUGGCCAGACCAGGAGCCAUCUGGGACAGGGACGCUCUGGAGGCUCUGUGGAAGAGGUCCCCCUGUACGGGAACCUGCAUUAUCUGCAGACAGGACAGCUGUCUCGAGAACCAGGGCCAAACCAGCAGGAUCCAACACCUGGAGGCCCAGCCAGGCCUGCAGAGGAGGGGAUGUGCUAUACCAGCCUGCAGCUGCGGCCUCCUCAGGGACGUACUCCGAGCUCCGGAACCCCCAUCAAGUACUCAGCGGUGGUGCUGGACUCUGAGCCAAAGCCCCAGGCCUCGGGCCCGGAGCCGGAGCUCUACGCCUCAGUGUGUGCCCAGACCCGCAGAGCCCGGGCUUCCUUCCCAGACCAGGCCUACGCCAACAGCCAGCCCGCGCCCAGCUGAGCUGGAGGGCCGGCACAGCGGGCGCGCAGCGCCCCAGCCUCCUCUGUUGCAGAGGUUACUGCUACCCUGUCCGGGGCAUGACUGUUUCCCAACCACCCCGCAUGCCUGGCCGCCACUGCCCAGUCGCAGGAGGUGAUGUUCCCCGAACUUCCUGUGUGAGCUGUGAGGGAGACAUCUCAGGGGAGCCGCAGGCCCCACUUCUUGAGGAUGGAGGAAGCAAAGGCAGUGACCGCCCCCCUCCCCGACCUCUGCUUAUCUCUAUCUAUUCCUCUCAGCCCCCAGACUCCCAGGUUCUCACUUCCUCCCCCUUCCGGAGUUCCACCAGAUCCUCCCCGCGCCCGCUCCCUCGGAGUCUACCCCUGAUGCCUCAGCGUCUGAGACCGGGGAGUGGGCAGUGGGUGAGGGGUAGAGGCCUGAGAGGCCAUGGGUGGGUGUACUCCCCGGGAGCCCGCAGGCUGGAGGGGUCCUGGAACGCGGCCUCCUGAGUUCUGAUCUCAGAGCCCCGGCGGGAGAAUUUUCUCCAGCCUGCUGCCUCUGUCAUGGCCCCAAGUUUUCAAAUAAAACUUCUCA